AUGGCACCUCUGAAACUGCUCACAGUCGUCAGUUCUUCGUUCCUCUUCAUGGCCAAAGCCAUCGACAAUCCCGAACCCACGCAGCCAACUUAUUCUGUAGCCUUGGGUAUGUUUCCCAGAAAAGAUGGCCAAUGCCUCGCGGAGGUCAAUGCUGCCCGCGCAGCAGCUGGGUUCAGCGAAUUCGCGCAAGCAGUUGAUCCAACAAACAGGCUGCCUAAAGAAGGCAGUCCUCCAGAAGAAGGAGAACCUGAAUGGGCGUGGAAGCCUGUGUGCGAAGCCUUGAUUCCAAGCGGCACAUACGCAUACCUCCCCAUUGACAAUGCGGAUGCCGUCGACUGCAAUGCCGUUGUGGAUAAGUGGAAGGGCGCCUACAGCAACUUUGAUGAAUUGCCCCCACCAAACAAAGAUCAGGAAGAAUUGUACAAGAAACAGGAGAAUGUGUCGUUCGUGGCCUUGUACAACCCCACAAAGAACGCUAGUGCAGACUGCCGUGUCGUCACCUGCACUAAGACGACGCCUGCAGCGGCGAGUGCCCAAGGGACAGGAACCCAGGGACAAAGCUCAGAAGAAAAAGCUUCGGCUUUGAUUUGCAUGACAGUACCUGAUGUACUUACCGAUGGAGAAAAGGCGCCUUUCACAGAGGAGCAAUGGGGACAGAUCGUGGCCGCCCUCGAAGGCUCUGCCUCCGCUGUUGCGCCCGGUGUGGUCGGUCUUGCACUAGCCUUCCUUGGCCUCAGCAUGCUGUGA